UAUAGUCCAGGGCAACUUCAAGUAGUUGAUUAAGCUGAAAGGAUAAAGUCCAGAUUCCUUCGAAUCACUUUCAAAUUCAAGCAGAGGAUUUUGCUCCACUUGAAUUAUACUGUUGUUCUUCCAGUGGAUAGCUCUGAGUUAUCACCUUGCAGCUACCCUGGGAAUUGUACUUUACCCCUAACAGAGAUACCAUUCUCAGCACCCUGAACAAACUACGGUUCCCAGGAUUGUUUGGCAGCAGGGAUUUGCUUUGAAUGUGUUGUGUUUUUAAGGUACAGUGGUGUCCACAGCCACAAUAAUGGUAAGAAAAUUAAAAGGAUGUUGUCAGGAGGAGAGAAGGAGACCCCUGGUGGAUUGAUCCAGGUUGGAAGGGAGGAGGCCAGAAAGAGAUGUGUAUAAACUGUGCCAAAGAAAGAGCUUUGACAGCAAGAAAAAGGGGAGGGAAUGGAUUGGGAGAAAGCCAAGAAGAGGGGGAGGUAGGAGAGAGAGAGAGAGAGAGAGAGAGAGAGAGAGAGGAACCAGCCUGGAAACCUAAAGGCUGCUUUCUGCUCGUCUACACUUGCCCCUUGUUAUUUGCAAAGCUGGUUCAGAACUUCUGGAUCACAUGGUAUUCCCUUGCUUUGGAGAAGGAAAAGAGAAGAAGGGAGAAAGAGGAAGGUGAGGCAGAGGAAAGCAAGCACCCCAGGCUGGUGUUGUUCCAUCUUCCCCACCCCUUUGCUCUCUUCCUUGCACAGAGAUGACAGGAGCCUCCUAGCCCCUGUGAAACUGAAGGGGGGGGGUGCAGAGGAGGAGCAGGAGGCCAGAUGAUCAGCUCAGCAGUAGAGGGAAAAUGUGAAACAUGAAGAACCAGCUCACUGUUUGUGGAAGGAUGGUGCUGCUCCAAGUGUUCCCGCUGCUGCAUUUGCUCCCCUGUCUUGGCUCUGUGAAGGCUUUCUUGGGAUCCCAGCCCAGUCAGAAUAAUUUGCAGAACACAGUAUCUGGUGCAUGUGAGAUGGAGCCCUUAGGAUAUUACAACGGUUCGCUGUCUGUGACAUUGUCUGGGUCGGCGUGCUUAAACUGGUUGGACUUUCCUGAUUACGUUCAUCAGUAUCCAAACCGGGGCUUAGGGAAUCACAGCUACUGCAGGAAUCCAGAAGGUGGCGCCACGCCUUGGUGCUUCUACCAACUUGCCUCUGGAGCCAUAGGCUGGGCCAACUGUGACUGCAGCCAAGGUGCCGUGCGACUGAUUCAGAGUGGCAGGGUGGAGCUGUACUUCAAUGGGCUGUGGGGCACUAUCUGUGGGGAUGGACUGGACAGACUGGGAUGCCAGUGUGUCUGCAGACAGCUGGGACUCAGCGAAAUUGGCACAGCCCAAAGGGAGAGUUCUUCUGGUUUGGGUCCAAUACCCUUCCACCUGCAGUCCGCAAACUGCCGUGGGGAUGAGAAGAUGUUGUUGCAAUGUAGCUACCAAGAGAUGUUCAGAACCUGCAAGCACGGAAAUGCCGUGGCCAAAUGUGCCCCACCGCAAGGUGUAGGAUCUCCGCUUCGUCUGGUGGGGGGCAAAAAGAGCUUUGAGGGUCGAGUGGAAGUCUAUCACGGUGGCCUUUGGGGCACCAUUUGUGAUGACCAGUGGGAUGACAAAGAUGCUGAGGUGAUUUGCAGACAGCUGGGCUUCAGCGGAUCCCCAAAGGCCGUGUCUUGGGCUCAAUUUGGACAGGGCUUGGGCCCAAUCCUGCUGGAUGAAGUGGAGUGCUCAGGCAAUGAGCUUUCAUUGGACCAGUGCAAGAAAAGUAGCUGGGAAGAACACAACUGUGACCACAUUGAAGAUGCAGGGGUAAUCUGUGACCCCUUUGCAGAAGGUACUAUUCGACUGGCAGGAGGCCACAAACCGAAUGAAGGAAGGGUGGAGGUAUACCACAAUGGAAGCUGGGGAUGCGUGUGUGAUGAUGGCUGGACAGGUAUUAAUGCCCAGGUGGCUUGCAGACAGCUUGGCUUCAGUGGCCCCGCACAGCUGGCAGCAGAGGGGGAAUUUGCUUCUGGACAAGGCUUCAUCUUACUGGAUGAUGUGGCUUGCACAGGCAGUGAGCUGUCGCUCUUUGACUGCCCGCACAGCAACUGGGGGCAGCACGACUGCUCACACGAAGAGGACGUGGGUGUCCACUGCUCCCCCGAUAGCAACAGGAUCACCGAAGAGGCUACAGGGAUCCCUGUGCGGCUGGUGGAUGGGAACGGCACCAAAGAGGGGCGUGUCGAGGUUUUCUUGAAUGGACAGUGGGGCAGUGUCUGUGACCAUGGCUGGACAGAUAGAGAUGCAGCUGUAGUUUGCAAGCAGCUGGGUUACAGUGGUACUGCCAAAGCGAAGUCCAUGGCUUACCUUGCUGAAGGACACGCACCCAUUCAUCUAGACAAGGUGGAGUGCAGUGGCACUGAGCACACCCUGGGGGAGUGCGUCACCCGCAAGAGCAACAUUCACAGCUGUUGGAAAGAUGCCGGAGUGAUCUGUGACUACAUAGAGGAGGAGGAAGGAGAACCAGGCAAACACAAAUGCAGGUGUUUGAUAUUCGGCAUGUGUGGACGGCGCUUGCUUCACCACCGCAAAAAAAGGAUAAUUGGUGGAAACAAAUCUCUCAGAGGAGGCUGGCCUUGGCAGGUCUCGCUACGUCUAAAGGGGUUUCACAGAGAUGCUCGUCUGCUGUGUGGAGCGACUCUUAUCAGCAACUGCUGGGUGCUGACGGCAGCACAUUGCUUCAAAAGGUUUGGAGUAGAUGUACGGCGCUACCUGCUGCGUGUGGGAGACCACCACACUGGUGUGAGGGAUGAGUUUGAGAGAGAGCUGCCGGUGGAGAAGAUUGUCCUUCAUAGGAACUACCAGUCUAGCAGCAACGACAAUGACAUUGCUUUAGUCAGAAUUCGGGGCAAAAGCGGCAACUGUCUUUCCUUCAGCCACCAUGUCCUUCCUGUCUGCCUUCCUGAGAGGAAGGAGAAGUCUUCUAUAGAUAGACAGGCCUGCGUCAUAUCCGGCUGGGGAGAUACAGGGAGGUCAUACUCAAGGACGUUACUCCAGGGCUCGGUGCCUCUACUCCCAAGAAGAGUGUGCAAAUCCCGUUAUGGAAAGAAGUUCACUAAUCGUAUGCUGUGCGCUGGGAACAUUUCUGAAGAUAACCGGGUGGACAGCUGUCAGGGAGAUAGUGGGGGUCCACUAAUGUGUCAAAGGUCAGGUGGACACUGGGUAAUUCUAGGGAUCACUUCCUGGGGAUAUGGGUGUGGGCGAAAAGACUCACCUGGUGUUUACACAAAAGUCAGCAAGUUUGUGCCCUGGAUCAAGAAGGUGACCAAACUGAUAUAAGACCAUUCAACCCAAAGAUGGAUUUGUGUUGUUUUACUCAGCAGUAUUUGGGCAGUGGCUUAGAAGAAUGUCUUCAUUUUGUCUCUGGUUGGGUGUCUGUUUUUUGCUGGUACCUAAACAAGGUUCGUUUGCAAGCGGGCAGCAAGAAAAUAUUUUACGCUACUGAUAGGAGAAGGUGAAUGAAAAUUUAACAUCCUUGUGGCUGAUUUAUUCAUACAAAGUUCUGUUUAUUGAAAGAAGAAGUGGUGGCAAUGCCACUCUUUCCAAAAGAGCUGCCACACUUCUUCAGGGCACAGGGGAGAAUGGGCUUGGUCAUAUUCCAUGGUGCUGCUAGAUGGAAUAUUUCUUAUGGUGUGUCCAUUCACACAAACUUCUACUCUUGCUACCCCGGAUUACUCUGUACUGUUCACACCAGAUCACCUGUAUGGUUUCAGCUACCUGCUUUCUUCUGUUUCCACUCACCCUCUUUAAUCUCUCUUUUUAGGCAGAUAUACACUAAAGGGUGAUAUUGACUCAAUUCAGAUAUCAUGCCAAAUCAUGGUUUGCAAUUAGGUGACAACCCAGAAUUAGAAACUGUUGCUGGAAGUAGGAUUGCAAGCCAUGGUUUAUGCUAUCCUUGGGUUGGUGUGAUGCUUGAUUUUAUAGACACCACUCUGUCUCUAGACUCAUCUAGAGCAGAAAUGGCUAACCUAUGGCCCUCCAGAUGUUGUUGGACUCCCAUCAUCCCUGACCACUGGCCAUGCUGGCUGGAGCAGCUGGCAGCUGGAGUCUACAACAAUAACUGUAGGGUCACAGAUUAGCAACCUCUAGUUUAGAGGCUGCUGAGCCACAGGAAGAGUAGGGAAUAUAGGAACGGAUUGCUCUGAGAAAACAAAAAUGGAUAAGGAGCUUGCAGUGACUUGCCUUUUGUAUGUUUGGAAGUUGCAAACAUUGUUGUUGUUGUUUAGUCGUUUAGUCGUGUCCGACUCUUCGUGACCCCAUGGACCAGAGCACACCAGGCACU